GUGAUGUAAACUGCGGUGCCGAGAAAGACGUGUAUCUUCUGUUAUUUGCAGUUUUUUAAACAAUUAUCUUAAUGUCAUGUGUUUUGCUCAGUUUCCAGUCUAAACUACGUUUUAGGACCGUGAUUGCCAUAGAGGACCAGCACUUUACAGGGAAGGAUCCAGCGGGAGAGCUUUUACGCAUCGCGCAUCUGUCGAUACAGAAUACAGUGUAGAAAAAUAUAGAAAUUGCACUAUUGCACUGUGGACUGAAUAAUGAGGUACGGACAGGUGGUUAUUACAGCUGGGUUUACAGGUUUGCUCAGCUUUAUCCUCCUUGCUGUGGCUAUAUGGACUGAUUACUGGUACAUUAUCGUCGAUGUGAAUAAACCCAACUGCUCAUGUUCAGACGACCUAAGUUCACAUUCUGGACUGUGGAGAAUCAAUGAAGGAGCAAACAUGAGUUCAGUCAUCCCUUCUUUCACAGCAAAUAUGUCCAGCCUGUCAGAAGUGGAAAGGCACCUUCUUGGCUUGCAUAAGGUGGUGGUUAUCAUAUUGCCCCUAAGCCUAGUCCUGCUGGUGUUCGGCUGGAUCUUUGGACUUGUCAGUUCGUUAGCCGGCAGUCCCAAAUUGCUAGCUGGAGCAGCGUCCUACGUUCUCUUCUGCAGUAUUUUUACCCUGUCUGGGGUGAGCAUCUACAUCAAAUACUCGAACCUGGCCAUGGUGGAGUUCCAGCAUAUCGUGUCUCCAGAGAACCUCGCCCGUGUGAAUGUGUCCUUCGGCUGGUCCUUAACCGCAGCCUGGCUCUCCUACAGCAUGGAGUUGGCCACUGGUCUACUGCUUAUGCUAGCUGCCAGAAUAAGUCAAAUUAAGGGACGCUAUGACUCUGGCGUAGCCAUUGCCAUGUUAUAAAUUAAUGUUUUAUGAUGCCCAAUAAGUAAUAAUUACUGUAGAUCUAUACAGUGGUUUUGUUGUCUUUGAAUGUGGUUUUGCAGUGUUUUUCAGUAAAUUUAGCCUUUUGUUGCCAUAUUCCGUCCAUAAGCUAUGUAUGUGCAGCUAUUAACCUACUCUGGACGAGUUGAUUCAGCAGUAGGUUUUCUGUGAGUCGUGUCUUGAAACACGGUUGUUAUUUACAGAGAGCAGCUUCAUCUACGAGACAAAUGGAAAUUCCCUGCCCUGCAAUAUGAACACAGGCAAAAUGAGAAUUGAAGUUGUAUGGGAUCAUUUCUGCACCUCAUCUAUACCCUGUACACUGCAGUUAAAUAUGGUUCAUAUCAGUGGAUCAGGAUGUUUAAUUCAAGUGAUUCUGCAGCAGACUGAAUCUACUGGUUCAGUUUCUAGUAUUUCAUGAUGGAAAAGCUGCUGCAUUGAUGUGUUAGAGAAAAUUAGCAUUUGGCUGAUGUAGAAGUUAAGACAAUGUUGGCUUGUGCCUUAAAGAGAAAAUGUUAGUGUGUGCCUCCUGAUUACAAACUUCCUAUACCCUUUCUUGUUAUCCUACUGGUAAAUGCAUGAAUCAUGGAAACAGGGCUGAAGAUCAGUGCACUCUUGGGGAUUCUGCAAAGUGUUUUCAGCAGUACAGAUGCAUGUGUUGCUGCAUGCUUUGCAGUAGUAGUAUGCUUUUGCAACAGCUAGAUAUUGUAAUAUUCUGUCGGUGCUGUCCACUUAGGAAUGAGACUUAUCUCUGCUUGGAAGUAAAAACAACAAUUACAACAUUUAGUACUUUGCAUUGCUGUAAAGUCUAUUGUGGUGUUCCCUUUUUAUUGUUAACUGUGACAAAAAAAAGCAAUGAAAUAUAAAUCCAGCUGUAGUGUCAAUGCAUACUGUAAGUAGGCAACAGAAAAAGGUUGCAUUGAUUGAAUGUUUUUAAA